AUGAAGAACCAUAUAUACAAGAUAUUGAUCCAAUUCCUACAUGGACAGAUUAUGCACUCUCAGUAGCUAAUUACAUCACAGAAAGAACUAUAGAAGCUACCAACUCAAGCUGGGAAAACAAAACAAACAUCAUCAAAGAUCCAAGGAUUGACAUAAUAAGAGUUGGGCAAAUUUUCCAAGACAAGGAAACAGUAAAGCUUGCCAUGAGCCUAUAUGCAAUCAAAAAGAAUGAACAGCACAGGGUAAAAAGAUCAUCAACAAAGGACUACAGCUUAGUGUGUGUUGAUAAAAAUUGUAAAUGGUACUUCUUGGCAACAAAACAUGGAAAAACAAAUCUCUUCAAAGUCAGAAAACUUGUGGAAGAUCAUACAUGCUCAAUAGAACGCAUCCAUGACGAUCACCCCCAAGCAACAAGUAACAUAAUAGCUGACUGCAUCAAAAAAAAAAUUAGUAAUCCAAAAAGAAACUACAGGCCAAAUGAGAUUGUUGAUGAUGUAGCAGAAGACUAUAGUGUCUCAAUUUCUUACCAAAAAGCUUGGAGAGCAAAAGAGAAGGCUUCAGAAAAAGUAAUAGGCUGCCCACAUGAUUCAUACAAUGAAAUUCCAGGGAUUCUGCACAUGAUAAAAAAAUGCAAUCCAGGAACAAUAACAGACUUAGUCCAACAUGACAAUGGGCAUUUUAAGUACCUAUUCUUUGCAUUAGGAGUCUCAAUAGAAGGCUGGAAACACUGCACACCUCUAAUUGUGGUUGAUGCAACUUUCCUUAAGAAUGCAUAUGGAGGAACAUUGAUAAUUGCUAGUGCACAAGAUGCUGACAGACACAUAUUCCCACUAGCUUUUUCAGUAGUUGAUUCUGAAAAUGAUGCAUCAUGGCAAUACUUCAUGGAAAAGCUCAAAGAAUCAUAUGGGGAGCGUGAAGACCAAUGCAUAAUUUCUGACAGACACGAAAGUAUAGCAAAAGCAAUGAAAUCAGUAUUCCCUAACUUGAUGCAUGGGGUAUGUUGCUUCCAUUUGUUCCAAAAUAUAAAAACAAGAUUCAGAAAAGGAGGAGAUGAUCUAAGAGAUGCAUUCUACUGUGCAGCAAAAGCAUACAAUCAAACUGACUUCGACGAUUCCAUGAGGGACUUAGACAACAUUGAUAGUAGAAUUCGUCCUUACCUGACAAAUGAAGUUGGCCUAGAAAAAUGGACAAGGCUUUACAGCCCAAAUAAACGCUACUCAACAUUAACCUCCAACAUCGCCGAGUCUGUGAACUCAGCAUUGAAAGAAAUCAGAGAGCUACCGAUUGGAACACUGCUCGAAUGUCUACGUUGCUUGGUUCAAAAAUGGUCAUGGGAAAACAAAAAUAGAGCUUUGUCCACAUUCACAACAUUAGCAAAAGUACCAGAAAAGAUACUAAAGGAUAAACUGGAACGCAGUAAGAAACUAAAGGUGCAAACAUCCAAUCUUGUCAUAUACACAGUAAAAGAAUUGCAAAACUCCUAUAUUGUGGAUAUCCAAAACAGAACAUGCACGUGUCAACGAUUUCAGUAUGAUGAAAUGCCGUGUUCUCACGCAAUGGCUGUAAUAUCAAAAAGACACAUGAAAUGCUAUGAGUAUUGCUCAUACUACUACACAAAAGAAGCAUUUCUUGCAACAUAUGAAGGUUCUGUGUUACCAAUAGGUGACCCAAAGACAUGGGACUUGCCUGAUAACAUCAAACAACUUCAAGUAUUGCCACCAAUAUACAAGAGACCAGCAGGAAGGCCAAAGAAACAAAGGUAUAAAACUGCACUAGACAAAGCAACACAGAAUAAAUGUGCAAGAUGCUUACAAAAAGGACACAACCGAAGGACUUGCAAAAAUGAUGCGGUCGAGCCAAAGAGAAAGAGAAAAAGAGACAUUGAAUAGCCCACCUAUUAUUCUUCCAUUUAUACAAAUACUAUAAAAAUAAAAACAAUACUUUCAAAUUGAGAAACUGCUAAGUAGCUUUACUUUCCAAUGUUUCCCUACAUUUUUCAAAAUACUAUAAGAAUAAAAAAACUUGUCAUCUGUGAACACUGCUUUUAAGAAUAGUUAAAUUCAUUUUUAAAUUCUACAUUUGGUUUUUAGUAUUUAAUAUGAUUGAUCACUAAUAUAAAAACUAACACGCUGCUUAAUUAUAUAUUCAUAUAUUUUUAUAAUUUAGGCAAAAAAUUAAGGUUGGACAAUUCAUUUAUACUCAAAGUAUAUUAUAUAUUACCAUUGGCUUGUUAUCUGGUGAUGUUAAUUAAACAAAACUAUAGGUUAGAUAUAUAAAAGAGCUGGUUACAUAUUGUUAUUACUGGUAUUUUGCAGUGACAAGAUACCAUCAAAAUAUACACACAAAAAAAUAUAAAAAAAUAUACAUUAUCCAUUAUUAAAAAAUGAUUAAAGUGUACCUCUAAUUCAAAUAUGUUGCAAGCGACUACCAUUG